ACUUGAGGGGUUCUAUUAAAAAUAAGAACAAAAAUCCAGAGUGAAAGUAUUUCAGGUUCAGUUAAGUGGAUUCCAAAUUUACACCCACACCAGAUAAAGGGGCACCCAGAGAAAGACCGAGACAGGGAGAAACAGGGAGAGGGAGGAACAGGGGAGACAUCCCCCCCAACACCCACCCACCCGCCCCCUCCCCCUUUUCCCCUUCCCCUCGCCCGUGCAACUUGGAAUAUUGAACUCAAAGGGGGGAAAGCGAGGCGGCGGCAGACUCAUGCUUCUUGCGUUCGUCUCUGUUCGCGAGCAGGGGGGGCUGCGUGUAGGAGGAAUAUUGCACCUUGUUGUGGCUAUUUUGACUCGCGCUCCUCCAUGUGCGUGCGUGCAGCUGCGGUGGCUUUCCCUCUGAUCGAUCCUCACCUUUUAGGAGACUGCGCUCUCACCGGGAGCUGGGCAUGGAGGAGAAUGAGCAGAGUCACAGCGAAGCGGCGGCGGCGGCAGCAGCGGCGGCGGCGGUGGCGGCAGCGAGUGAGGACCAGAGGCAGCAGCAGCAGCAACUGCAACAGCAGCAACGACAGCAGCAGGAAUCGGGCGGCGGCAGUGGAGGCGGCGGCGGCGGCAGCCCCAGCGAUGGAGACACUAGCCGGAGGAGGGCUCUGAUAUUGCCUGUGGUGCUGCAGGCGCCCGGGAACCACCAGCAUCCGCAUCGGAUUACUAACUUUUUCAUCGACAACAUCUUGCGGCCGGAGUUCGGCAGAAGAAAGGAAGCGGGGACCUGCUGCAGUAGUGGAGGGGGAGGAAGAGGAGGAGGAGAAGAAGGAGGAGGAAGUGCAGGAGGAGGAGGAGGAGAGGGAGGAGGAGGAGGCGGCGGCUGCGGUGGAGGAGGAGGAGGAGGAGGAAGUGGCGGGGGCAGCGGAGGCAGCCCGGAGCGGCUCCUCCUCUCCAGCCGGGAGCACCAGAGCUCCACCUCGGCUCCAGGAGCGGGCGGGCAGCUACCCGGAGGCGGGGGAGGCUCUCCCGGGGAAGGCGAAGGCGGCUCCAAAGCGCUCUCCUUGCACGGAGGCGGGGGCAAAAAGGGAGGCGAGCCAGGGGGACCAUUGGAAGGAGCCCUGAAGUCUCGGGGCUUGAGCGGCGGCGAUCUGUCGGUGAGCUCGGACUCGGACAGCUCCCAAGCCAGCUCCAAUCCCGGCAAUCAACCCAUGCUCUGGCCCGCCUGGGUUUACUGCACCCGAUAUUCGGACAGGCCGUCUUCAGGUCCUAGGUCUCGAAAACCAAAGAAGAAGAAUCCGAACAAAGAGGACAAGCGGCCCCGGACCGCCUUCACUGCAGAACAGCUGCAAAGACUGAAAGCCGAAUUUCAGACAAACAGGUACUUGACGGAGCAGCGGAGGCAGAGCCUGGCCCAAGAGCUCAGUCUCAACGAGUCCCAGAUCAAGAUCUGGUUUCAGAACAAGCGGGCCAAGAUCAAGAAGGCCACUGGCAACAAGAAUACGCUAGCUGUUCAUCUCAUGGCGCAGGGACUGUACAACCACUCGACUACAGCGAAAGACGGCAAGUCGGACAGCGAAUAGCGGAAGGAAGAGGGGGGCAGUAGGGAAGGGGGUGGCCUGGGGGGGCGGGGAGGCGACAGAGAGGGGAGGGAGAGGGACCCGGGGAAUCCAGUUUUCAGUCCAAGUUAAACAAUGCAAUAAUUUAAUAAAUAAAAAGGGCCAGUGUAAAAAGAUUAUACCAGCAUUAAUAGUGAAGAUAUUGUGUAUUAGGUAUUCUAUUCUGCAAUAUUCUAUGUAUAUAAUUUACAGGUGUUGUAAAAUCUGAAAUAUCUGAUUAUAAAGUAUUUUUGAGUUUUUUUUUUUGUUGUUUAUGGGAUUUUAGAUAUUAUCUUUAUGACUUUUUUGGGGUGCUUAGGAUUACAUCUCUUUUUAAACUCUUUAAGCGCCAGUAAGGGACAUUAGACACUAUUUUUUUUUAUUCAAAAGAAGAAAAAAAAGAUUAAAACAACUUGCUGAAGUCCAAAGAUUUUUAUUGCUGCAUUUCACACAACUGUGAACCGAAUAAAUAGCUCCUAUUUGUUCUAUGAGUUCUACACUUUCUUUGUGUUGGCUUUUGGGGUGGGGGACAAAAGGAGGAAAGGAUACUCUAGGACCUAGUAUUUGACUGUCCAGUCCCCCCCCCCCCCCCCCCCCCGUCCCCCCUCUCCCCCCAACUGGGGCAUGGGGAGUUUCUCUAACUUUAUUCUUAACUGCUCCUGCCACCAGUUCUGUUCUCCCACCCACCUCACCUAUACUCCUACCCACCACCCACCCUGGACCUUGUGGGGGUCGGGGGUCCAGUGGUAUUAGGCAGAAAAAGGGAGAAGGUGGGAGUGAACGGAGGGAGUAGCCUCUUGGGGAUCUUUCCUUCCCUAUUUUCCUUUCUCAGAAACCAUUUGGACUAGGUCCUGAUGUCUUGUCUUGUGUGAAUAGUCAACACCAAGACUUCCGGGACCAUGCAGAGGAGGGGAUUGAGGGGGGAGUUAGGGGAAUGGGGGAAAGAAAAAAAACCCAUCACAUUCUCUUUCUCCUUUUUUCUGUUUGACGUGGAUACUCUCCUCUCCCAGCUCCUCUCCUCUCUCUUUUUCCCUCCGGUCCACAUACCCCCUUUCUGAGGCCCUGGUCCUUCUAAGAGUGUUUUCUCAUCUCUCAUUUCUCUCUCAGACUCUUUUUCUCUUUCUGACUCUGUCUGUCUUUCUGUUUGUCUGUCUCUCUCUCACACACACACAGAGACAUCACACAUUGUACACUCACAUGAGCUGUUCAUUCCCCAGUUUAGCUCCCAUGCAGUUUGGAAGAUGAGAUUUUUUUCCUCCUCCUUUGACCACCAUCUGCUGAGCUCCGGGUCUGUUUUCUGGAAGUGAUGAUUGAUUCAUGGCUAGUGAUUCUAGGCUGUGUAUAUGUAGAUAUAUGACUGGUGAUUUAGGGAGCUUCUGGGUUGAGUUUUCUUCUGGCUCCCCACUUUCACACACACAACUUUCCCUGCUUCUUCCAGCUCCAAGGUCUGGCUCUUCCACCCUGGGCUAAGAGCACCAACCCUGAUGUCCCUGGGAUCCAGGAAUUUGUGUGCCAGACUCUACAGGGAAUCAACUAGAUAGGAUCCCAAAACAAACAUUGCGCACUGUACCCUAAAAGCUCCAGAACAGCUAGUAUUUUAAUUUAAUCAAAUGAAAUCCUAGUAGUUUGCUCUGCUAUGGAGUAUAUUUUCCCCACCAUAAAUACAUAUAUAAAUAGAUAUGUCAGCCCAAAGUUUGGAAAGUGCAACUGUCUUGAUUUUCAGGGGAACUCAAUUGUAGUACUCCAUAGAUCUAUAGGAAAGUAAAGUCAGUGUAAAUAAUCAUCCCUUGUCACUUGUGGGGGGGCGGGGUGUGCUUCUAGCUAAAACAUACUUUUUUUUUCUUAUUUGAAGAUGUGAUACAAUGUAAUAAAUAAAUAUAUCCCCAUCCCAUCAAUUUUUAAUAUAUACAUACACACAUUAUAUGUAUAUUUUGACACUGUUUUCUGUUUGGUAUGAGGGGAAAGAAUUAUGUUCAAAUGUCAACCUGUGGAACCCAGACAGGGGAGGGUGUGUAUGUGUGUGUGUGUUGUUCAAUGAUUCAGGGCUGUAUCCCUGAUGAUGGAGGGUUCUCUUAGAUCUCUUUGCCUUAAACCUCUUUAUUUCGCAGCUAUAAUAGACACACGUUGUACAUAUUAGUAUAAACCUUAAAAGAAAAAAGGAAACUAUAACAGAACUUGUAAUUUAAAAUUCUGUGAAUAAUCAUCUGCUGCUUAGGAGACAAGACGAAAUGACAUGCCUUUUUAGCAGGAAGCAAAGAUUUUUUUUUCUCAGUUUAUAAAACAUGUGCAUUUUACAAUUGCAGUAUCAAAUAUUUAUAAUCUUAUGAAAAAUGAAUGUUUCUAUUUACAACUGUGGUAUCAAGAUUGUGAACAUUCUCACUGCAUUUUUGUGUGUUUAAAUUCUGGAAGAUUACAUUAAAUAAAAACACUUUAUUAUAAAAUA